CUGCUUUGUAAGGUCAUUGGUAUACCGUUUUGUCUGAAUUGUCCGCGCUCUAUUUCACGUAGAUCAUGAGCUAUCACUCGUGAUGGGUCUUGAGGAAAGCAAAAUUGGUCAAACAAACAAAUCUAACUGUAAUACUCCAAAUUUGUGUUUCUUUGCGCCUGUUUCACCUGGAAGAAUAAUUCACCAAUGCACUCUGGAGUUAUGGAAAAAAUCUCACCGGGGUAACGUGAAUUAUAUUUUACUCAUAAGGCACGUUUAGAGCUUUUCAACUUCUCAGACAAGGUGAUGGUGUGUACCUAUCAAUUGCCUCAUGAUUGCACAUCGGCAUUUUGUCUCACUAGGCAAAAUAUUGUGAAUUUUCGAAAAUCGUGUUCUGUUUUCUCACUGAGAAAGCGAAGAGAGUAUACAAAAAUGGCUGAGCAUUUCGAGUAUAAUCACAUACCUGCUCAUUUAUCUUCCAUACAGAAUUUACACUUCAAAUCGGUGUUAGAUAUUCACAGUGGAUUGGCAGUUGUUCAUUUGGCACGAGAUAUGAUAACUCAGUUUGCAUUAGUUGACUUGAGGAUUAAUAAAUUCCUUGGUUCUUUUGGUCGGCAAACGGUUCUCUUUAGUCCUGAAUCAACUAUAGGAAAAAUAUCACCCGAUGGAACUUAUUGUCUAAUUAGACUCCCUUGGUCGAGAAAUAGAAGAGUUUAUAUACUCAAGCUGUACAACUUACGAAAUAGUGAGCUUAUUUCUGAACUUCCAUUAGCUAAUUCUUCGAAUUACGAUGAAUUGCCAUUAAGCAGUUUCCGUCUGCCAUUAGGCCCAUAUCAGGAAAAUAAUAGAGAGUCAAGUAUUCGACCGUCGUACGAUAUUUUAUCAACAUCCAACGAAGUAACUGCAAACUUUAGAGGGAAUUUACAAAACGAGAAUCAACUUCAACUAGGUCCAGCUCGUUCUUCUCAGGUGUUGUUUGCUUUUGAUCCACGAUUUGUAAAUUCACGCAUAGCAAUAACUAACGUGGACUUUCCACAUGGACCAAACUCUCACAAAGUGUCUUCCAACUGGGUCCCAGGAAUACAGGCUACUAUAAGUUUAGUAAAACUUCCAACAUGGGAGUGUUUAACAUCAACUAACAAACUUUGUUCUUGGUCUCCUUCAAAUCGUCACGGUUCACCUUUAAUAAACAAUGCUACGUGUAGAGAACCGACAAGACGAAGACGAUCAUCAGAUGCUAACCAUGUAGGUAGCUUACCCAGUCCAAACUCAUUCAGUCAUGUUUUUCCACAUAUUAUGAGCAUAUUUUAUUCAAGAGAUGGCUAUUUUUUAUUUACAAUCACCACAGAGUCUCGAACCUGUCGGUGUUCUGCCAUUGGUAAUAUUAACCAUUCUGUGAAUUCUUUAUUACCAGAUGUAUCUGGUUACUCAGAUGAUAUUUGCAACCUCUUAAGUUCAGGCCGACCAACAAACAACGGAACUGAAAGUGGUCGAACUCAGCAAAAGACCUUGGUUUCAACACAGUGUAAUGAAUCAAAUACACGUUACAAUUCAAAAAAUAAUAGUACAUCCCCAAUGUUGGCUCCCACACUGCCUGGUUGCACCACUUUAUGGCUUACUAUUUUCAAUUCUGAUACAUUGGAAAGGUUAAGAAUUUUGAGAUUUGAUCGAUCAGUAUGCCCAAUUCACACAUGUCCUACCAAUUACCUACCGGUAAUGAGCCGUUGUGGAUCAAGGAUAGCUUUAAUUACACGACAAGCAGUGGGAUAUUAUAAUAAUACUAGUAGUCAGAACUCCAGUAGUAGUUCACGUGAAUACCUGUUUUCCAGCUGUAAGACGCUUCCUGUAUCUUUAAGGCACUCCGUCCCAUCUAUAAGUGUAGAAGGCUGUUCUAAUUCACAAUGCGUGAAUAACAAAGGUGCUAGUCAAGAAACCAGCAAAGAAAAUUCUACAAAACGCACUGAAUUCAAGAAACAACAACCGUUUAUAUCUCCAACUUGUUUGCUUAUUCAACCACGAAACCUUAAUUUGAGUCAUCACCUAUCUACAUCAUUACCAUCUCCAUUGUCAAAAGUUCACCUGUCUUCCGGAAGUUCACCAUUUCGACAAAUGACUGGUUGUUCAAGUUUAGAGUUAAGUGUUUCUUCCUAUCGUCCGAUGGCUGUUUCCUUUGAAUCUUCUUUUAUUGGAACUCAGUGUAAUUCCUCAGGUAGUUGUACUGCCACAGUAUCCACACGUACCAGUAAUAGUAGUGGUGUUGUUGUUACUUCUGCUGGUACUUCAGUGAUAAAUUCAACGGUACAAAUUGAUGUGCUUCUGGUUUAUCAACUACCUCCGCCACCAAAACUACAGGCAUUAGUAAGACAACGAAUUCGUCAAGUAAGGAAAUACUUCAGAUCUUUCUUGCUAUGUUUAGUUCACUAUAUCCGUUUGAGUUCGAACACAAAUUAACCUGCAUAUUAUAACCAUACUUAGUACCCUGUCAAGUGAAUAUUUAUCAUAUGAAGUGGAUAUACUGGAAAAUGGUUAUUUAGCUUUUAAUCGUUUAUAAGUGAAUAAAUGAACUGAUUAUAAUUCCUAAUGCGAAAUGCUGGUGUAUGACUAAUCUACCUUAACGUCUAGACUAAUGUUUGGGAUUAAAAUAAUUGAAAGUCUUAAUCAUUCUACUUAUCUUGUAAGGGCCUCAUUAACUUUAGUGAACUGAGGUCUCAUGAAAUGUCGGCACGGAUUUCAAAAGGUCAUCAAUAUGAAUCACUGUAAUGUAGACGAGAUAUAUCCAUCCACCAACGAAGGGGUCAGUAUACUGCACAGUUGUCUGUUUUAUGUCAGAAACAUGACCUUUAAAUAUAAAGGGCAUUCAUGAGUUAUUAGUAUUUGAUCAUUAUUGUCUUUGAGUCAUUACUCGCGUAUAUUAGAACCCAGUGAGGAAUGUUGCAGUUAGAUUCAGGGUAUUUGGCAAAGAUACCAAAUCAGUUGGUAAGAAUGUUAAUCUUCAUCGGCUGAGGUGAUUGAGAUAUGUAUGCCAAGUUAGUGCCUACCUUGACUCGGAAUAUUGGAGUAAGAGUAGGGAAGUGAAAGCUAAGGUCAACCAAACCAACACAUUUAGUUAUAUUGUGAAUGAUAUGUUGGUAGGUACGGAAUUGCUCCUUGAGGUCCUCGCAAUAAAUGUAACUAGUGGUUGGAGACGUUGGGUUGAGGUACCGAGAAUCAAAGUAACAUUUGUAAAUAAAUCCUCCAAUUACAUCCCAUUAGGGAUAUCCAACUUCGAAAUCGAUACGUAACAAUUAUGUAUAAGGUAUAGAUAAAUGAUAGUUAAAGUUCCAUGAUAAAUUGAGUGUUUUUUUGUUGUUGAUAUAUUAAAUAUAAAUUUAUGAAGAUAAUGGAUUAGUGCAAAUCUGUCUGUUAUGAUAUCUUUUAUAGUAGUAAUUGUAGAUGAGAAUAAUUGCUAUCUCUUUAUUAAACAUGGAUUCGUAUAUUCAACUUUAAAUUACACUUUUUGCAGCGACCAACAAUACUACUUAAAUGCUGAAAGUGAAUUAGUUGAGCAGAGGUUCAAAAUUACACUGUUUAAUAGAGUUAAAUAGCACUAGGAAUUCGCUUAAACAAAAGGAUCCUUGGCGUCAAUACAUCUGUUUUCAAUUGUUAACAGUUAUGAUUUACUGACAUUAAUUUUACAUUUCACUUUUCAUUUCAAUUUUUUGGUCUAAUAUGUGAUACUAUUCGUAGAGCUUAGCGUUUUUCGAGGCAUCAGUUUUCCAACACAUUGGAAACAAGUUUUAGCCUCGCUUCACAUGCUUCAAUGUGAGCAGUCGGAUAGUUACACUAACUUCGUAUGCACAAAUAUUUAUAUGUUAUGUAAAGGGUGACGAAAAAUGUUCAGCAAUUCCCAAUGAAUUUUCAUCUGAUGAAUUGGUUCAUGAAUAUCGCUUUCCUGUCAGCUUAUUGGACUUUUGUGCAGCCGAGAGUUUCAUUGCUUUUAGUUUCAAUCAUGAUAUAUUGGUGUGCAUGUGAAUGUAGUAUUUCUUUUAUUUUUUAGCUCUGCAAAGAUGAAUACCUUGAACAGUUAGAUCUUCCACGUAGAAUUAUUAGCUAUUUACAAUUUGAACCAUCGUACAAUUGUGCUGGCUCAUGUAUUUCUCGAUCGAACAGUUCUACCAGAACAGUACGAAGUGAUAGUUUUGACCUGUGAUAUAGAUUUAUGCGUAUAUAUUUAUAUUUAUGUAUCUAAUUUAUUUCUUACUAUUUUGUUCAGUAUUUUUAUUUAUAAGUAACAUUUAAUUCCUAAUUGUCAUCUUUAAUUUACUGACAUUUGACAGCCUUUUAUCUUUAUUCUUAAAACUCUCAUUCUAUGUAUAUUGUGAACUAUGUGUUGAUAUUUACAGAUUGAUAAUUUAUAUCCUGCAAUUUAAUAGACGAAAUUGAGUAAAUUCCAGUAUUGAUUUUCGUAAUUUGAUUCAUUCAGUUUCUUGAUAUUCAUAUUUAUCCUUAGCAUUUAUCAAUGAGAAGGUACACGGUUUUUGUAGGAUUGACCUUUUCAUCAGUAGAUGGAUGGUGCUCUGAACUUAUUGAGAAUACAAAAAGAGAGUAAAAAUUGUAUUAUUAUUAAUACGACUUGAAAGAAAGGAUCUUUAGUGUUUUAUACUAAGCUCCACAAAACAAGAAACUCAAGUUUUUCAUAAAGAAUUUGUAAUUUAACAGUUUGACAUAAUAUAAUUAUUGGUUCUUCAUAUAUAUAUAUAUAUAUAUAUA